AUGGCUGUACUUACCUAUAAGAAGGCGGCCGCCAGCACCCAAUCGGAGGCCGGCUGCCCAACCGCCAUGAUUCUAAGGGGCGGAAGUGGCUGGGCGGUGGUCAUGUUUAGGCACAUUCCAGGGUUCGGUGUCACUGUGUCCCCGCGAGUUGUCCUACCUUCCGCUUCAAACAGCGCUGGACUUUCCGGGGGCGUGGCCAAGUGGGCGGAGCCUGUGGGCAUCCUGGCGAUGGCACCUAGCAACGGUGAGGGCAGCGCGGCCACAGCGGAUGCUCUGCAGCUUGACAAGAAAUCUUUACAGCCUAUCUUUAAGCCACAAGUGUUUUCAGCCUCAAAGGACAACGUGAGGCGCAUCUUUGGCACCAGCCAGGUGUUCCAGGGUUUAGAGGAAUCCAAACCAAAGUUCAAGAAGUUAACAGUGCCCCUCAAAGUCAAGGAGAACUACCGCCAAGGCCUGACAUUAUUAGAGCAAGAGGACUGGGAGACGGCAGUGCUCUUCUUGUCCCGCGCCCUCCACUUGAAUCCCAAGCUGGUUGAAUUCUAUGUUUUACGGGCCGAGGCCUACAUCCACCUCUGUGACUUCUCCUCAGCUGCUCAGAACUUGAGAAGGGCCUGUUCCUUCGAGCCAGAGAACACCAAGUACCUGGAGCGGCUCACCUUGGUGCUUUACCUGCAGGGCCAGUGCCUUUUCGAGCAGUGUGCCUACCAGGAUGCCCUGGAUGUCUUCUCACAAGCCUCUGAGCUCCAGCCCCAGAAAUCCUGCUUCCACUACCAAUGCAUGGCCUGUCUCCUGGCCCUCAGACGGCACCAAGACUGCCUCACAUGCGUCACUAAGCUGCUGAAGCAUGGCACGGCCAAAGCCGACAUCUACAUCCUCAGGGCCAGGCUCUACAACUUCUUCCACAAGCCUAGCCUCUGCUACCAGGACCUACACAAAGCCUUGCGACUGGAGCCCACGCACCCACAAGCCAAGGCACUGCUUGGGACAAUGGUGAACCAGGCUCAGGAGGCUUACCAAGAUGCCAAGAUAUUUGCUGUGCAAGGCAAUAUGCAGAGUGCACUGCAGUGCAUCAACUCUGCCAUCGAGAACAACCCUCUGGAUGCCAGCUUCUUCCUCUUCCGAGGAACCAUGUACCGACGGGUCCACGAGUAUGAUGGAGCAGUGGAGGACUUCCUGAAAGCGCUGGACAUGUUACCUGCAAGCCAGGAGAACAUGGUGCAGCAGGUGCAGCGCCAACUAGUGCUAGCCUACAACGACUUUGCUGUGCACUGCUACAUGCAGGGUGCCUACCAAGAGGCUGCACUGUUGCUGAACAAGGCCCUCAGGGAUGAGCAGCAGGAGAAAAGCCUCUACGUCAACCGCGGUGAUUGCUUCUUCCAGCUGGGACAUCUGGCCUUUGCUGAAGCGGACUAUCAGCAGGCACUGAUGUUGAGCCCACAGGACCAGGAUGCCAAGCUUCGCAUGGCUAUGCUACAGGAGAAGAUGGGCUUCUGUGAGCAGAAGCGCAGCAAGCUAUUCCCGCUGAUGACCAACCUCUUCCCGGGCAUGUCAGCAGAUGAGGUGCUUGGCAGUCAGAUGGGAUGCCUGGCCAAGCUGCAGUUGAAGCGGAUGCUGGAGAGCGAUCAACAGUUUGACAUCCCAAAAGGCAUCAUAGGGUUGCUCAAGGAACGGGAAUUAGAGCGUCAGAAGGCCCAUGCCCUGCAGAAGGCAUGGAAGCCAGAGCAGCCUUCCUCUGAAGAGCUGGAGACCACCAGCCAGGAUCUGAAGGAAGUUCCAGAGAAAGAAGCUGAGGUCCUGGAGGAGACAGAGAAGUGCCUGGACUACCUAGCCCAUCUUCUGCUGCAGGAGGAGCCUGAGCAGUCCCCUGACAAGGAGACAUCCCUAUCCAGCAGCAACAUCUACCCAUCCUCCUCAAGCUCCAUCUUGGACUACUUGGCCACAUCCACCUCAGAGACGCAGACGUCCACAAUCUGCCAGGAGUACAGGAGCACUUCGGCCACUGCUGUGACACUCUCUGACUCCUCAGUCAAGAUUCAGUCCUCAGACUCAGAGAUCAACAUGGGAGACCAAAGUCUGAGCCACAGUACCAGCAGAAUGACAGGUGCCCACGGUCAGCCCUGGAGCCUCAGUAAAGCCAAGGACUUCCAGCAUCCACAGCAGAAGCUCAGUAAGACCAAAGACACCCAUCAUCCAAGACAGAGACCAAGAAAGGCUGAAGAGACUCAGAAUAUAAAGAAGACAUUCAGCAAGACCGAGGACACCCAGGGCCCAAGGUGGAGACUCAGCAAAAUAGAGGAUGCCCAGGACCAAAGGUGGAGACCCAAGACAGAGGGCACCCAGGGACCAAGACGGAGGCCCAAGAGGGUCAAAGCUUCCCAGGGUAGGAGUUGGGGAUCCAAUAAGUUCCUCACCUAUAGGCACACUAGGGCACUGGACCAAAGUUCCAGUAAGACCAAGGAUUUCUGUGACCUGAAUCAGACUUCCACCAAAACAGAUGCUACCCAACAUAGGAGCCAGAGGUUCAGCAAGGCUGAAGUUGACCAAAUUAAGAAACAGAGGCCCAGCCAGGGUAAAAGUGUUCAGGACUGGAGCUGGGACCAAAGCUCAAGUCUCGACCAGAUGGAGGUUUUCUGUGCCAUGAGUCAGAAGCCCAGCAAAGUUGACACUGCCCAGGACCAAAGCCAGAGACUCGAUAUACCCAAAUCUGUCCAAAGCUUGAGGCUGAGACUCAGUAAGGAUGAGAGUACUCAAGACUGGAGGCAGCCAUCAAGUCCAAGACCCUGCAAGAUCAAGGGGGUCCAGGACACAAGCCAGAGUUGCAGUAAGACAGAGGCUGGGCUAGGUGUAAGCCCGUAUCCCUGGAAGACUGAGUCCACCCAGAGCUGGAGCCAGGAGUCAAGGCUUAGCCUCAGCAAGACUGAGUCUAUCUGGGGACCAAGCCCGAAUCCCAGCAAGAGUGUGUACAGCUGGAAACAGAGCUCUAGUGCUAUCAAAGGACUGAGCCAGAGUCCCAGCAACACCAUGGCUGACCAAGACCCUGGCCCCAGCCAGAAUCCUGCUCCCUGA